AUGAUGCGUUACAGAGUGAACAUCGCUGCACUCAGCGAGACCUGCUUCUCCGAACAAGGCCAGCUGGAGGCAGUGAGUUCCGGCUAUAACUUCUGGGGCGGUCGCACCCAAGGCAGAGCGGCGGGACACGGGCGUCACCUCUGCCAUCUGGGACUACUACCCUGUUUGCCGCAGGACAUCAACGAUCGCCCAAUGAACCUCCGCCUGCCUCCUCGAGGUGGCAAAUUCGCCAGCGUCUACGCUACCCCGAUGACCAGCCCUGACGCGGCAAGGAACAAAUUCUACGAGAAUCUGCACGCCCUCCAGGCGACUAUGCCGAAGGCGGACUAG